GACGUUUUCAUUCUACCGUAAUUAUAUGAUUAAUUAAUAUCGAUGAAAUGUCGUACGCCGAGUACGGUGCGCGGAUUUUCAUGCCAGUAAAUUUGAAAACUGAAAAAUUCCUGGUACGCGAUGACGAAAUAGCACAGGUGAAAUCCGGUCAUCGAUUGAAGAUGUACGACUCGUUUUUGGAUAUUCGGACGUGGAGUCCCAAGCAGUUGGAGACGUUUCAGUAUUUUCGGGAUGUCACGGAGAAUCAGAAUGAAGGAAAAAUAGUGCCGAUCGACUAUUUAAUUGAAAUCAUCAAUGACCUGAGUACACAUUCAGAAGUGCUGAUGCUACGGGAGGAACUGGAGAGGUAUAAAUCCCUUGAACUCACCCCUGAGCAAGAGAGGCAGUUGCAGCAAAAAAUGAGAAACGAAGGGUUCAUUGAUCAUCGCCACAUGGAGAUCACUGAGGACAACAAGUUCGAAGUCGAAGAAUUGGAGGAUGAGAAUGAUGAGACACUUGUUUCUGAGGCUUCGGAUAUGACUAUUCCUUACAACUCCAAUUUGAAUAGUUAUUCGCACUUCACAUCUACCGAGAGUCUGACUCCGGAGAGCAAAACUUACGACAGCGAUGUAACCAGCAAAGUUCUGUCCAACUCCUCCACAAUAGACGAACAAGUUACAUUUUCCAACCGAAGUUGCGACAGUCGAGGACUAGAAUCGCCAACUGGAUCCAUCGAUUCCGAGCACACCAGGAUAAUUAAGAAUGAGUCGAUGAUAAUAUCACUGGAGAAUGCUUUAGGCGUAAAAAAAGCCGAAAUAGAGGAGCUCAAAGAAAAGAUGAGGAACUUACUGGGGGAGCUAAAAGAGCGAGAGGCGAAAAACAAAAACUUACAGGAUCACCUGAGGAGCAUGCAACGACAACUGGAAAUGAUGACAGAGCGUAAUUCAGCGAUCGAGGAGUACAAAAAGAUAGCGAAUGGGAAGAACUUGAUCGAUCAGUUGAAAACUAAACUGGAUGAAAAGCGGGAUCAGUGCCUCGAACUGUCGAAGGAAAUAAAUAAAUUGCGCCAGAGGGAAAAUAACGACCAAGUGCGGGCUGAGAGAGACGAUUUGAACAAUAAACUCAAAGAAUUUCUGCGAUCACUGAAGAGCUUUGGAGUAGAACCAAGUGAAAAGGGAAUGGAAAAAAUUCUUCGAGAGAGAAAGGAAUUGAUAGAAUCCGAGAAGAACUGGCACCUGCAGUGUUUAGACCAUGAGGAGGAAAUUGCUAAAUUAUCGCACUUGAUCGAUCGAAUGUGCAACAAACAUCAGGAACGAGAGAACGAAUUGAAGCAAAUCAUUGAAAAUCUGAAGAUUGAGUCGAGGAGCAAGAAUAAGAAACUGGACGAGUAUAAAGAUAAAAUGUCGUCGAUGUUGAAAGGAUUUGAAGAUAAAAUCCUCCACGAAAAAUCAAUGGCAGAUCGGAACGUCGAGGAUGAGAAUAUAGACAGAGCUUUGUCGUUUUAUCUGAGGAAAUCCGUGGACAAAUUCAAUGAAUUUUCGGAAGCUUUCGAAUGCCUCCGAUCCGGUGGAGGGGACAGCCCUGGUCCCAGACGAGAUGAAAUUGAGCAGUUGAAAAAUGAACUCAUGGAACCAAUGCAGGAACUCAAGAACCAGAUUGUCAAAAGGACGAACGAAGCGAAUCUGUACCUCAAUCGUUAUGAAGAGUGUCAGAGGAUUAUUGAGAUUCAGUCCGAGGAGUUGAGGCAGUUGCGAGAGAUUCAACACAAAUUUCAUGAGAAUUCUUCGAUCGUCGAGGAGUUGAAGAAAUCUAAGAGCAAAAUGGAAUUAAAAUUCAUAGAACUUCAUAAAGAACACUACAAUCUAACAAACACAAUCCACAACCUGACCAGCGAGUUGGCCCUGAAAAACGAGCAGAUAAUAAACCUAGAGACUGAGAGGGACUCUCUCUCCUGCAGACUCACGAGUUCCGCGAUCGAAUUAAAAUCGAAAGACGAGAAACUCAACUCUCUAAAACGCGAAAACUCCGAAAUCGAGGGGAAAUUGAAAGAAGCCGAGGAGAAUGCUGCGAAGGUCCAAUCGGAGAUCAAAGACCUCAAGCAUGAGAGCGACAUCCUAAAUCAGCUGGCAUUCCUGCAGAAGGAAAUCACGAAGUACGGAAGGGAGAAGAAAAAACUGGAGGAAAAUAUUUCGCAGCUUCGGGAGGAGUUCAACACCUGUCGCACCUCCAAUCAGACUCUCAAUGAGAGUCUGAACGAUAGAGUGAAGGAGAGAGAGUCUCUUCAGGAUAAGAUCGCCACGAUGAAGCAGAACAUCAGUAAUUUGGCCAACGAACUCACAUUCAACAAUUUCGAUAAGAGGAAUGUCAUGAGUUUGCCGGUGAAACUGUGCGAGAGUAUUGAAGUGUUGAAGAAACGACUUCAGGGGAGCUCCUCGGGGUCUGAUGACACGAGGCAGAACAAUAACGAUUCCCUGGAGAACGAUGUUGAAGAGUAUCAGAGUCAAUUGUUCGGGAGUUGCAACGAGGGGGCUAAAAUUCUUAGGAAGAGUGAAAUUUUCUUCAAGCGAAAUCUGCAAAUUGUGGACGGGAGUAAGGAUGAACUCCAUAAGGUUCAUUUCGAGGGGGUGAAUGAGGGGGUGAAGGGCGUCCAUCAGGAGAAGGAACAGUUGUCUUCAGGGACAAAUAAUGGAAAAAUAGUUAUGUUGGAUAAUACACCAGAAAUUUUGCAAAGGGAUUAUAAGAAUUUCGAAGGUAGUUACGAGGGGGUGAGGAGUGCGAAAGAAUCAGAGGGCCAAUAUUAUGUGACUAUUCCAGCAAGCACCAAACCUCGGAUUUCGAGUUUCAUCGAGAGAAAUGUGCCACAGAAAAUAGAAUUAUUCGUAAAGCCAGAGACAAUGAACAGUGAUCCUCCCAAAGUAUCUGUCUUCAGAAAUCCCCAACCGUUCCUCCCAGAUAUGAAGAACCCAAUGAAUGUGCAUAAUAUGAGAGCUCCGUUCUACGAUAGCAACCCCAUGAGCCGAAGGUAUUUACGUCACUUGAGUGGCGAAGCGGUAAAACGAUUUGAGAUCGAUGCAUCAAACAAGAAUUUCAUCACAGCAUGUAGUGCCCGUCGAAAAAACGAUAAUUAA